AUGGCCCGGUUGCUGCCACUGCUGCUGCUGCUGCUGCCUUGGCCCUGGCCGGGCGCCUCGCAGGACUCCCCGGCCGCCGCCUGCGACCCCGACGGCUGCUUGGCUGUCUUUGCGCAGCGCCGCAGCUUCCUCGACGCCUGGCACAGCUGCCGGGAGCUGGGGGGCACCCUGGCCGCACUCAAGCGCCCCGAGGACGCGGCCCGGUUGGCCCCGCUGCUGCUGCGCGGUUCCGGCGCCGUCCAGGGGGAGCCGCGCCUCUUCUGGAUCGGGCUGCACCGCCAGCCGCGCCAGUGUUUCCCGGGCCGGCCGCUGCGGGGCUUCGCAUGGACCACGGGCGACCAGGACACGGCUUACACCAACUGGGCCAGCGCCGCCGACGGGCCGGGCAGCGCCGCCUGCAACGCGCAGCGCUGCGUGGCCCUGGACGACCGCGAGUUCCAGUGGGUCGAGGGCUCCUGUGUCAGCCCGCUGGACGGCUACGUGUGCCGGCUGGCCUACCGAGGCAUGUGCCCCGGCUUGGACGAGGAGGGCGCCGGCACCGCCGUGGCGUACACCACCCCCUUCGGGCCGGCGGACGGCAGCCUGAGCUACGUCCCCUUCGGCACCGUGGCCGCCGUGGCCUGCGGCCGGGCCGGGCCGGCGGUGUCGCUGCUGUGCCUGCAGAAAGAGGACGGCGCCGUGGCCUGGUCCAAAGAAGGCCCGCUCUGCAGGGAGGACGUGUACCGGCACAGCUGGUGCGAGGGCGACAACGGCGGGUGUCAGCAGCUGUGCCUGGACGAGGGCUCGGGCUACUCCUGCGAGUGCCACGCCGGCUACUUCCUGAUGCCCGACGGGCACUCCUGCGCGGCCCACGAUGCCUGCCGGGACCGGCCCUGCCAGUUCGGGUGCGUGCCCCUGGAAGACGAGGAGGGCGGCGAAGGAGGCUACCAAUGCCAGUGCCCCGCGGGCUUCGAGCCCAGUGACGACGACCCCCACCACUGCGAGGACGUGGACGAGUGCGCGGACGAGGCAUCCUGCGAGCACCAGUGCGAGAACACCGAGGGCUCCUUCGUGUGCCGCUGCCACCUGGGCUUCAGCCCCUCCUUGGACGACGACCCGGGCCGGUGCGUGGACACGGACGAGUGCCAGUUCUCCGGCGUGUGCCAGCAGAUGUGUGUCAACUACGAGGGCGGCUUCGAGUGCUACUGCAACGUGGGCUACGAGCUGGAGCCCGACGGCAUCAGCUGCAGCCCCGGCGCCCAGCUGCCCCCGUUGGCCACCCCGAUCUUCGUGGCCAAGCCCACGUGGCUAGUAGAGCCUCCGGUCCACAUCCCGGCCACCUGGGGGCAGGACUCCUCGCUCUGGCUGCAGGACUCCACUGCCCAAACGGUCUCCCAAGCGUCCCCCUCCUCGCUUCCCCCGACAGACACCUACGGUGAUGACUACAUGGCACCAAGCGCCGAACCCCUUGACCUUAGCCCAUCCCGCCCUGAUAUGACCUCCGCUCCCUUGGAGCCCACCAGCGCUGGUUUCGGUCCUCUGGCUGCCACGUGGGGCUCCCUGCAGCUUACCACGGGCCCCCCCCAAAACUCCCUGAGCCACCCUGCAGGUGAGACCGGGCCUGGAUCUCCCCGGAUCCCUCUUGCUCCCACUGCUGCCCCGUUGCCGGAUUCCUCGGAAAGGGGGCAGGGCGCGGUGGUCGGGGGAGUCCGGGCCCUGCUCCCCACUCCGGCCACCCCCAGCCCGGCCCCGGGGGAGGAGCCGGGGCGGCAGCGGAGAGACGACCGCUGGCUCCUGGUGGCCCUGCUGGUGCCCCUCUGCGUCUUCGCGGUGAUCAUGUUGGCGGUGGGCAUCGUCUACUGCACCCGCUGCGGGGCCCAGGCCAAGGCCCGGAGCGUCACCCAGUGCUACCGUUGGGUCAUCAACUCGGCAGGCAAAGGCGCCCCUCCGCCGACCUCCCGGCCCUGCCAGCCGGCCACUUGCCGGACCAGCGUCUGAGCCGCAGGACGGCCGCGGGCACAGUGCCCCUCCACUCCACCACCAACACCACCGCUCAGGCCUGGUUGGGGCCUACGAAAUACAGCUGUUCGCGGCCGGCAGGCAAGUGUCAACCACAAAGAACUCCUUCUCCCCGGUGGGGAGGCCCGUCACCACCACAUCACCGCCCGCAGCGGACGCCGGGACGCUCCGAGCUCUGCCGGGUGGGACGCAGAGACCCAGCUGGGACGCAGAGAAGCCUCGCUGGGCUUUCGGCAGGAGGAAAUCCUUUUCCUCCCACCCGCCCCCUUGCCGGGUGGGAUACAGGCAGCUCGAGCCGCAGCCAGGGGGUGGGGUGGGGGGAUCCGGAAACACUGCUGGGACAAAGAGACCUUUCAAGAUGCUAAGGCAGCGAUCUUCCGUCCCCGGCUAACCGGGACACAUGCAAGAGGAGGCCCUGAACAAGCAGUCCAAGGUUUCAGAUGGAGGCCUUUUCUUGCUUUACCUGGAGACAUAGAACCUGGAGAGACAGAACCUUCUUGUCCUCUACAAGUAAGGUUCCAGUCCUCAUUGUUCUGAAUAAGGGGGGGAGCAAUUGAAAUAGGAACACAGGAGGACGCUCCAUCUAUCUCGCUCCGUCUU